UUAGUAGCUCACCUCGGCGAAACGAGCACCAUUUCCGCACUGGAGCUUCGUGGUGAAAUAUUUUUACUGCAGCGCUAGCUGUAGUUUCUUCAGUUUUUCAUGCUACAGCCAGUACAGGCAGCUUGUAGACGAGUUGUUGUUGGCAGCGAGGUGGUGUUACAGUUAGUUUAGCCGUCUGCUGCUUCGUGUCGAAGUUUGUUUGGUUGCAGGCUGUGUAAGAAUCUGUUUGUUGGCCAAAGGGUUUCAUCGAAGUUUCCUUGUGGCUCGGAGGCUCCAUUCGACUGCUCUAUACCGUCACGACGUCGAGAACUGCUACAGCCUAUCCGCCUACGACGUUCGAAGUCGUGUCCAGGAUUCAAGCAAACCGUGACUCCUGGCUGCAGCCUGCAGGAGCGCUCGUCGCUGGACGUUCAUCGUCCCCGUUUGUCAUGGUGUUCCAGUGAUUCUGGAUGGUGACCGACGUCCGUGACUGUUUCUUUUGUCGCAGUCAUGGCUGCAGCAGAGAACCACGCGGUCAACACAUGGCCAUGGUCAAGCCAGAUGUUCCGCAAGUGGAUCCCACGCCUCCAAACAGCGCUCAGCUGCGAUGCAAUUCGUGUUGAAUGCUGUGCCAAGCGGUUGAUCUCCGAUGCGCAGAAGAAGGAAUUGAUGGCGAUAAAAGAUUCGGCCAAACACAAUGACCGACUGCUAGAUAUGCUGAGCAGGGGUACAGCUGAGACUUUCCACACCUUCUGUAGUAUUGUGCGUAGCACCGAACCUGAAGAAAACUUUUCAAAGUUCCUAGAUGACAUGCAGUCAGUGGAUACCUUUGUUGGAGGCAAUGAAGAUGCAGCAAAUAGAGUAACUCGACGUCAACCAGCCCGGUUCACCGGGAACCCACCACCUUCACCCAGCCAAGCAACUCGGUCUCCGCCAGCCAUAGCACCCAAACCAAAGCCUGCUGUUAAACACCGGGCUACUCACGCAUCUCCCCCCAAGCCCACCGGCAUCUCUGCAAUGAUAGCGGCCUUCAAUUCAGCCGGCCAGGAACAGAAACUGGCUGGAACUCAACCUUCAAAACCUAGUCUAGCCCCCCAGCCUCCUACUCGCCCAAAGCCCGCCACUCCCCACAACACAGCAAGAACAGUGGAAACUAAGGAUCCCACUACGGUUCACAGAGUGCAGCCGGUAGUGACUUCUGAUCCUGUGUCUCCUUCACGACCACCGCUCUGUGACCACACACGACUAGCCGCUGGCGGUAACCAAUCAAUGGGCACUCAGGCAGCGACAUCUGCCCUAGCUGAUCCCAAGCCCUCUCCGAAACCUAGACAAGCUGCUCUUUUCAGGUCUGCUAGUGUCUCUACACUAGCAUCUGGUUUUGAAUCGGAUAGGUACGAAGCAGUCAGACUGCCCUCGGAUCAAGCCCCAAAGCCCAAACCGCGCCAAAUAGCCAUCACUGGUGCCAGGGCAGCUAGCUUGGCCAGGAGCCCAGCCAUAGCUGUGCAGCAAGUCCAGCGGUCAGCACUGCCAACAGAGGGCUUAGCUGCCAAGCCCAUUGCCCUGCCUACGACUGGAGGCUUGUCGAUCGCCAAGAAUGCAACAGGAGAUUCAGCUACGCCUCCGCAGCCCAACUCUCUGGGUCAAGCAGGCAACACAGGUCCAUGGUCAGGCCAGGUGUUCCGGAAGUGGAUCCCACACCUCAAAGCAGCGCUCAGCUGUGGCACAAUCCGCACGGAAUGCCUUGCCGAAGGGCUGCUCACCGAUCCGCAGAAGAAGGAAUUGAUGGGAGUAGAAGAUGAUUCUGCCAAACACAAUGACCGACUGCUAGAUAUGCUGAGCAGGGGUACAGCUGAGACUUUCCACACCUUCUGUAGUAUUGUGCGUAGCACCGAACCUGAAGCAAACUUUUCAAAGUUCCUAGAUGACAUGCAGUCAGUGGAUACCUUUGUUGCAGGCAAUGAAGAUGCAGCAAAUAGAGUAACUCGACGUCAACCAGCCCGGUUCACCGGGAACCCACCACCUUCACCCAGCCAAGCAACUCGGUCUCCGCCAGCCAUAGCACCCAAACCAAAGCCUGCUGUUAAACACCGGGCUACUCACGCAUCUCCCCCCAAGCCCACCGGCAUCUCUGCAAUGAUAGCGGCCUUCAAUUCAGCCGGCCAGGAACAGAAACUGGCUGGAACUCAACCUUCAAAACCUAGUCUAGCCCCCCAGCCUCCUACUCGCCCAAAGCCCGCCACUCCCCACAACACAGCAAGAACAGUGGAAACUAAGGAUCCCACUACGGUUCACAGAGUGCAGCCGGUAGUGACUUCUGAUCCUGUGUCUCCUUCACGACCACCGCUCUGUGACCACACACGACUAGCCGCUGGCGGUAACCAAUCAAUGGGCACUCAGGCAGCGACAUCUGCCCUAGCUGAUCCCAAGCCCUCUCCGAAACCUAGACAAGCUGCUCCUUUCAGGUCUGCUAGUGUCUCUACACUAGCAUCUGGCUUUGAAUCGGAUAGGUACGAAGCAGUCAGACUGCCCUCGGAUCAAGCCCCAAAGCCCAAACCGCGCCAAAUAGCCAUCACUGGUGCCAGGGCAGCUAGCUUGGCCAGGAGCCCAGCCAUAGCUGUGCAGCAAGUCCAGCGGUCAGCACUGCCAACAGAGGGCUUAGCUGCCAAGCCCAUUGCCCUGCCUACUACUGGAGGCUUGUCGAUCGCCAAGAAUGCAACAGGAGAUUCAGCUACGCCUCCGCAGCCCAACUCUCUGGGUCAAGCAGGCAACACAGGUCCAUGGUCAGGCCAGGUGUUCCGGAAGUGGAUCCCACACCUCAAAGCAGCGCUCAGCUGUGGCACAAUCCGCACGGAAUGCCUUGCCGAAGGGCUGCUCACCGAUCCGCAGAAGAAGGAAUUGAUGGGAGUAGAAGAUGAUUCUGCCAAACACAAUGACCGACUGCUAGAUAUGCUGAGCAGGGGUACAGCUGAGACUUUCCACACCUUCUGUAGUAUUGUGCGUAGCACCGAACCUGAAGCAAACUUUUCAAAGUUCCUAGAUGACAUGCAGUCAGUGGAUACCUUUGUUGCAGUUUCGCCAGAGUGCAAGAAAGACUGCAAUAAAGUAGUAGACCUGAUGAAAGAGUUCUCAGCACCGGAACGUCAACGGGUGGUCCACACUGCCAAGAAUGUGGCACGAAUGCGCACGUCGCAGACCGUCCUCGACAAGGGAAAGAAACCCAUUCACGUACCACAGCCAACUUCACCUAAGAGCGUAGACCUGCUGAGGAUGCAGAACAUGGAAGAUGAAAAACGGCAAGCGGCAUUGACUGAAAUCGACCACUUGGUGUCCAACACUAUCAUCAUUGAUGACACGAAGGACUGUGCAGAUGAGGCAGAGAAGUACCAGGGUCACGUGACACGGGCGGACGGCCAAGUUGAAAAAUCGCCAGCUGAUAUACAUAGAGAGUUAAGCAAGCACCCUUGUUUCAUCAGCAUGGGCACUGGAUCUGCCAGGGAUGACCGCAGCAUUUCAGAGACCAAGCAGUACUUGAAGGAUACUGGCUUCAUCGACGAGAACACGGUCAUCACAGAGAUCACUGAAUAUGAACUAGUCCCUGUGACUAGGCUGGCCAUUCGUGACAGCAAACGACUGAAGUUUAAAGAUCAGAGGUCGUCUAUAGUGAAGUUCAUCAUCGAAUGUGAAUAUAAUCACACGGCCCCGAGUUUCAUUAAAAGUGUCAUUCGUAAUCUCCGCAAUCUCCUUGGCGAUUGGAGCAUCCACGCCGACAGCGUGCACGGCGAGAGCGGAGGCACAGCAGUGUUUGUACAGAUGUCUGCCAGGGCUCAUACCAGGCUCUGGGAGUUCUGUAAGGAUCGAUCUAGCCUGCUCGCUGGUCUGCACGUUCUCGAAGUGUCAACUGUGGACGGAGCAGUAGUCUUCAAUUUUCGUCCCACGACAUGCAGUGGCGAAGGUAUUACUCCUGAUGACCAAAAGCGCUUGGUUGAAGAGUUCUCCAAGAGAUAUCCAUCCUUGGACCGAGAUGAGCUGUCUGUCGCUGUGGCUGACCAACAGAACGUUCAGCAUGCAGUGAUUGCACUGACCAAGCUCGUCUUCGAUGAUGACGGAGCAUGCUUGAAUGCACUGCCUGAGAUUCCUCGUCGUGUGGCGGCAAGAACGGCAACUUCUACCCCUGCUCACGUUGUUCAUCCUGAAGAGGCCAUUUCAACCCGUGUCUCGGCCAAUCCUGGACGUGCAGUAGAAAUCCAGGGAGCUGACAAUGAGCUGUCUCUCCGGCCGCAAUUUAAGUCCCAGUGGUAUUUCCGUGGCCGUGUACCUUCUAACUGGACCAUGUUUCGUCGUUGUACCAUGUACAAUGGGCAUGUUUACAUUGUGUGCCAGGAGGAGGAGGAAGUACCAGUGAUCUACCGGUCUACUCAUUCUCUCAAGGAAAGUAUUCAGCUUACAUGGACAAGAGUAAUCGGCAUUGACAGCCCACUCUUUUGGGCAUGCAGGAGAUUUUGCCUUCAUAAUGAAAAAUUGUACUUUGCAAGUCUUAGUUAUAGGGACAGGAACCUGGAUAUCCCCUAUAUCUAUGUUUUUGAUCUACAGGGAAACUGUUGUACUAGAGAAAUACAAUGUGAUUUUAUCUCAGUACCAGCUACGGGUACGGAUACAUCUUGGACGCAUUUUGGGGAUGUAUUCGUAACCCAGUCAGCGCUUCUAAUAGUAUGCUUAUGGCGCAAUCAUUUCUUAGAAGUUUUUUCAUUAGAUACCAGACAUGAUGGUGCAGCAUGGGCAAAAUUGGAUCUGCUCAGCUUGCCGGAGCCGCCGGACAGCAUCUGCAGCACUGACGAUACUCUGUUUGUGAUACCAAGGAGAGACCUCAAUGAUGUGCAUUUGUCAACGCAUUUGUCAAUCAUGAAGUUGGAUGUAAGUGAGGAAAGUCUGAGAAUGCCAUCAUGGCUCGAGAUCAAAGUGGACAUGAUGACUCUUGAUGUAGAUGUAUUCAGUUGUGUUGUAUCAGCUGCUGUGGGUAACAGUAUAAUCAUGCCCGUGUACUGUAUGGGUGAUGAUUUUAAAACUGUCAAUGCUUUCAUGUGUGUUGAUUGCAGUACGUGUAUAGGCCGUUGUUCUGUCUUUCCGCCGCGAUCCAGUAAAUCCUUUUCACCGCAGUUGAUGGUGGAUGGCGAUACGCUUAUUGCACUCCAUUCUGAUCACUCAGUGUCUACUCUUCAGCUACCUGACCAUUUGUAGACACCAGUGAUCGAUCGGCUUCUACAUGCAUGUAUGCCAAGGCGGUGUACAGUGUAGAUAUUCUGCUGCGGCUAGGUCAUGUGAUGGACAACUGGUGCACACUGUGUGUUUUUUUGUGAUGCUGAGUUUUUUUGUUUGCACAUGCAUACCCUGUUCUGCUGGGGACCCAUAUGCAUGAUGUGUUUGGUGUCCAGUUCUUUCAGGCCAUCAUUCUACAUAGGCACUGUCCUGAAAUGCUUAUUGUCUAUGUACAUAUUAUACAUUAGGUUGGAGGCAUAUUAUAA